AUGCUCGGGAGAUACCUGGACACGUUACAUCGGUACGUAUUAGUGGCCCUGUGCCAUCGCAGUGCCCUACGUACCAAGCUGCCUGGGGAGGUAAGGUCGGCCCUCACCAGUGUACGGAUACUCAGCUGA